UCUCCCCCGUCAUCUGCGACAAUUCCCCCAGAUGACGAAGGCCGAGGCGGAAAACCACAUUCAUGUCCUCCGGAAUCCCCGUCAAUAUACUAAACUGGACUGUCCGGAGGCUGAAUGUGGUUUAACCAUCGUCCGCCUUGACCUUCACCUCAUCCGCCAGCACCAGAUGAUCCGGGGCUCACCUCAGUUGCUGUCAGCGAUGACAGCUGGGAACCUGUUCGAAAGGGCUGAGGUGAGAACCACUUUCCUCGACCAGGCCCUGGACGAUUAUAUGAACAAGUGCAAGGACCGGCUAACUGGCCGCAAGCUGAACGACACGACCACGGCUAGUCAUUCAACUGCGGUCAGGGCGUUCAUGCCCAAUGGUCUCAGCAGGGACACUCUUAAAGCGGUGGAGACCAUUGGGUCGAAGGGAGCACUGGUAGAUCUCAUGCUACUGAUGUGAGACUGAAACCUGAAACAGUCAAGGUCUACCUGUGCUCCUUGGGGAAUUUUGUAGAGUUCCUGUCUGGGUCCUUCAAGUGGCAGCCCCAGUUGAAGGUCCAGGUAGGGUUCCUUCAAACUCUGCGAAAUUCCCUGCGCCUAAUUGCCCGGACUGGAGGAUGACGUUCAUCGUGCGGCGGUGCAGAAAGGGCGUGAGGGAAAGGCGGGCCUGGACCUCACGCCUGAUAUGUUCGGGUCCUUCCUCACAGGUACCCGUCCGAAGAGGGUGCAUGCCAUCCUAGCUAAGGAUGCACCUCUCAGCCGGAUGGAUAGCUGUGAGGCGAGGGACGGGCUGCUGGUUCAGCUGUUCACCACCAAUGGGAAGCGGUCUGGAGAUCUGGCCAACCUGGAGCGCAGUGACCUUCAGCGUGCCCAGACCGCUGGUCCGGAACCGACCGAGCUGAAGAUUUACGACCACAAAGAGGCUCGGUCGGGGAAGGAAUGCCCAUUGCUGGUGACAACGUCCCUCAUUCAGGACCUGAGAGCAUACGUGGCCAAGGGGAGCAUUGACGGUGGGUUGGAGCAGAUCUUCACCACCGACAAAGGCAAAAAGCUCUCCUCGACGACCAUGGCCGUCAAGAGGGAGUGGCAGAAACAUGCCAUCAACAUCGGGAAAGUCCUGCCCCCCCUCACGGCCACGUUAUGCAGGAAGAUGGCGGUCUCCCCGCUACGAGACGCUGGAGGAGACCGCCAGCAGCAGAGGGUGCUCGCCAAGCAUAUAGCCCACAACCCGAGGACGGCGGAUAUUAUGAUAGAGCGAGCCAGAAGAAGGAGAGAGUCGGCGUCUGGGAGAAAAUCAACCAACUUUACAAGGUGUCUAGCCAGCCCCCAAAUAAUGACCCCCCAGACGCUGACAGUGACCUCCCGUCUCCGCCGCCAAGAGCACCCUCUGAGUGCGACAGCGACGGCCCCGUUCCUCCUUCACCUGACCAUCAUCAUAGGACGGGGUCAUGUUUUUCGUGAACAGUCGCUGUCGCCUGCACCGCUGCACCACACAACUUAAUUUAUUUAACUUAUUGUAAUUUAUUUGUA